UUUACAGUGUAAUGCACUGUAAGUCGCUUUUGAUAAAAGUGUCUGCCAUAUGCAUAAAUGUAAUGUAAUGUAAAUGUAAAUCUCCUCUCCUGUCCUAUAAAUGAAGCGUUACUGUUUAGUGGACUCUUUAAAAACCACUUCAACCAUGACGUGGCUGGCAGGUUUGCUUCUGAGGCCAGGAGAGCCACCCACAGGCUUGAUUUCUCUGAGGUUAUGGUCAUAAUCUCUUGGGACAGUGGUCAGCCAAAACUGUUUACUUUUUUCACCCAGCUUCACCCGUCUUUCGGGAGGGGAGGGUCUCUCGGCCCCUGCGAGCAAACUUUCUUCGGGGCUCUCGCACGCAGAAUUUCCACGACAAGACAGAACGCAGGGCUCGCUUGAAGUAUCAGUUGUACGUUUUAAUGGCUUUCAGGAAAUAAUUCAGCAAAAACAAGGUUUUCCGCUGUACGCUUCGCAUAUUACAACGGCUCAGUGUGCGGACGAGAUCCUAAUAGUGGUUGUAAACACAGAGAAGACAGAAAUAUUAAUCAAAACCUCAAGCCAGACAUCACUGGCUGAUUAUUUUAAAUGAGGACCCUCGAAUGCUCCCCCUCCUGGACGAAACUGAGGUCUCUGUAUGAAACCAGCGUACCACCCUCUUUCCAAUGAAGGUGUCUGCAUGUACGUUUCUUGGGUGUGUGUGUGUCAGUCUGGUAUACACUUUGGCAGUCGUGGACAGCACACACACAGAGACAAGCAUGCAGUGCACACUAAUUUUCUCGGCUGUAACGCCUUCUGCACUAAGUAGUUUGCAGUGAACAGCAGAGGAGACUUUCACAACCCACCGGUGUGAUAAAUCCAACACCCAUCACAUUUGUCCUCCUUCAAACUGAGAUCUUUAUGGACAUGCGGACCUUAUGAACAUGAUGUUUUAGAUCUGAUUUAAAUGAGGAACAAUCACACGCUGAAGUCCAACAGUCUGGCCGGGUGACGGUGACAUGCAACAAUAACUGAUCUACAAAGAAGUGGGAUUGCAUGUCAGUUAUACAGCAGUAUGUUGAGACACUGGGGUUUGGCUAUGAUCCUGUUGGUCGUCCCGAUCCCGGUCGAACCCAGACCCACUAACACGCUCAGCAGACAACGGCGUUCAGUAAGUCACGCCCAGAUGAUGCACGACCGAAGUCGAUACCUUCAGGACAGAAAGAGGCGUCUGUUGAUAAAUGAACUCCUGGGGCACGUGCACACAGCUCAGAUGUGGGACUCCCCCAAUCACAGUGAUGGAAACUUUCAGAGCGCCCGCUGGCCCAUCGCUCAUAGGUCCAAAUAUCCCAUCAGCGCCAAAAACUACCCCUUGAGCUUUCAGCACAUGAGGACGAGAGACAGCUUACCACAAGAGACCAGCAAGACUCUUCGGUACGGGGAAUCCAAGAGGAAGAGGAAGAUCUGUUCGGAAAGAUGGAGAGACCCAGAUAGGAGAAGAGACUGGGGGUGUCAGUCUGCCUGACAGCAAUUUGAGGCGAUUUAUUGGGAAUUGUUGCAACAAAGUUGAGCAAUGUUUGACUUUUUUUCAGAAAUGUGAUGUGAUGCAGGAGAUCAGACAGUAAAGAUGUGAUUAGAUUUAGUUGUAUGCUGUUAUUGAGAUGAAACUGUUGAAGACAUCCAACAAAUGAAUUGCUGUCAGUGAACUCAACUUAGUUUAAAUAAAAGUCCUGGUGUUUAAAAGACUUUUCACAGGCACGUGGUCUUAUUUGAGAAUGUGUUGCUUAUAGUAGAAAGAUGAAUAAAUGAUGGUUUGGUUUAUUUUGGCUUCACUCAAUGCUUGACUCUUAUAAUCUCAGAAACUUCAUUUAAAAACAAUUUGUAUAUAUCACAAAUGUUCACUGUUUUCCUUGAAAUCAUUUAAUUGGACAUUUGAUGUGUUUAAUUUAUUUGACUGGAAUAUUUAUUCCUGAAUGUAUCUCAAUGCUGCUGAAUUUUAUAAGAUUUUCAAAUGCACUUUGGCUGGCUAUGCUCGUGUAUAUUACAAUGAUUGAUAUCAUUUUUGUGUUUACUUUGUUAUUAUACAGCUUUUCUUUAUCUUAAUUCAUCAUCAUGUAUGUGUCUCAUUAUUUUCAUUAAAUAAACUGAUCAAAAGUUAAAAUAUGAAA